AUGACGAUGAUCAGAGUUUUCGUUCUUUUGUUUGUCGUAGCCACGUGUCAUGUAUGGAGUACGAGCAGCAGUGUUGAUGGACAAUGCAUAGAGAAGGAGAGAGAAGCCCUUGUAGGCUUUAAGCAAGGCCUUGUCGACGAAUACAACGUUCUAUCAUCCUGGGCAAGCACCGGCGGAGAUUGUUGCUCUUGGAGAGGAAUCAGGUGUGAUAACUCAACUCAUCAUAUUAUUGCUCUUGAUCUUCCUGCUCAAUCUAAUGAACAAAUAUUGAGUGGUCAAAUCAGUUCUUCGUUGGUUGAGUUACAACAUUUGAGCUACUUAGAUCUCAGUUACAAUAAUUUCACUAACAUUCCCGAGUUCAUUGGCUCUUUGUCUAGACUCACAUAUCUCGACCUUUCGUAUAAUCUCAUUGUUGGAAUCAUUCCUUCCCAACUUGGGAAUCUGACGAGGUUAAAGUACCUCAAUCUUUCCAGUGACCCUGGCUAUGGUCAGUUGAUUGGUAAUAGUCUUGAAUGGCUUUCUCAUCUCAAUUCUCUUCAACACUUUGCGCUUGGAAAUACUGAUUUUACCAGAGCCACAAAUUGGUUUCAAUCAUUCAAAACAGCCUCCUCCCUAUCAUUUUUGGCAUUGUCUAAUUGUGUAUUACCACAAGUAGAUAUCUCAUCUCUUUCGCAUACCAAUUCAUCCUCUAAUUCUCUCACAGAUCUUUCCAUUGUGAAGAGUUCCGUACACCCCACAACAGUUCCUUGGUUGCUCAAUAUCAGCACCAGUCUCGUUAAUCUUUCACUAUCUGAUAGUGACAUUAAAGGAACUCUUCCAAAUUCUUUUGAAAACAUGAGAUAUCUCAAGAAAAUUGAUUUGUCAGCCAAUGAAUUCGAAGGUGCAAUACCAAAAUCGUUGGGGAAUCUUUGCAGUCUUAAAUUUCUAUGGUUGGAAUACAACAAAUUCAACACAACACUCGAUGAUGUUUUAAAAAGCCUCAACGGCUGUGCUAGAAACUCAUUGUAUAUUAUGGAUCUGCAUGACAACAACCUAAGAGGUUCUUUCCCUGAUGAUUUGAAUACAUUUCCAACCCGUCUACAAUAUUUAAGCAUCUUUGACAACCACCUCGAAGGACCCAUACUGACCAAUCUUUCAGUGUUGUCAGACCUUAGAGUAUUGCUUGCCAAUAAUAACAGGUUCAAUGGCACUAUACCUGAAAGUAUUGGUGAGCUCCAAUAUCUCGAGGAUUUCGAUUUCUCUGAUAACGAUUUCUCUGGCCUUGUCUCAGAAGUUCACUUCCGUAAACUUUCCAAUCUAAAGGAACUGUACUUAUCUCGGAACAUGUUAACAGUGAAAUUCGAUCCCGCUUGGGUUCCACCCUUCGACCUACUCUCCGUUAAGUUGAUGUCCUGCAAGUUAGGUCCUCAGUUUCCCAGAUGGCUUCGAAACCAAACAAAUAUCUCUAUUCUUGAUAUUUCAUUCAACGAAAUUGAUGAUGUAUUCCUGAUUGGUUUUCCAACCUUGCUUCCAAACUGA